AAAAGAAAAUAAAAAAUUUCCCAAAUCCAAAAUCUCACACACUACACACACUAUCAUGGACCCUAAUGAAAGUAGUGGACUGAGCUCUUACUUUCACCACCCUCAACAGCCACCACCACCUUCACCUCUCAACCCCACCGCCCCUACCACGGCCGUGGGAUCAAACACCUCUCCCACCAAUGGAAUUCUGCCGAAUACUUCUAAUCCCGCUGCCAGCACCACCACUACAACUUCUUCGCCGUUGGUUUAUGGGACUGUCCCCUCCGUGGUGACGUCUGGUGGUACCGGAUUGGAUUCUGGGAAGAGGAAGAGAGGAAGGCCUAGAAAGUAUGGGACCCCUGGUGAAGCCGCGGCUGCUAAGCGGCUCUCUUCGGCUUCUACUGCGGCUUCAAUUUCUCCGCCGAAGAAAAAGGACUUGGGUUUUGGCGGUGGCGGUGGCGGGUCUACUUCUUCGGCUUCUUCUAAGAAGUACCAGUUAGCCGCUUCUGGUAGUACUGGUCAAUCUUUUAUACCUCAUGUCAUAACUGUGGCUGCUGGAGAAGAUGUAGGUCAGAAAAUAAUGUUGUUCAUGCAACAAAGCAAACGUGAAAUAUGCAUUCUCUCAGCAUCUGGUUCUAUAUCCAAUGCAUCUCUACGUCAGCCGGCUACUUCUGGAGGCAAUAUCACUUAUGAGGGGCGAUUUGACAUCCUUUCCCUCUGUGGAUCUUAUGUACGCACUGAACUUGGAGGAAGAACUGGAGGACUAAGUGUAUGUCUGUCUAGUACUGAUGGUCAAAUCAUUGGAGGUGGAGUUGGUGGACCCCUUACUGCUGCUGGGCCAAUUCAGAUUAUUGUUGGAACAUUUGUAAUCGACCCCAAGAAGGAUAUUACUGGUGGUUUGAAAGGUGACACUUCUGCUGGUAAGUCGCCGUCACCAAUUGGUGGGGCAUCAUUUUCCGGUGUAAGCUUCUGGUCCCCAAUUGAUUCUUCUUACCAAAAUAUUGGUGGCAGUCAAUUUAUGAUUCAGCCGCAGCCUCGGAGCACACAAGCACCUUCACAGUCGAUGGAAUGGAGCGGUCAUCCAGGUCAGAGUGUGCAGCAGUCUCCAGAAAAUGGCAACUACCCAGAUUAGAGUACCUAUUUGAGAACUGCUAUCUUUGCAUAUAUGUUUCUGUAUGGCAGAUUCUUUUAGGACGGGAAGGUAGAGACUCUUUGUGCCAUCUCGAGUUAGUCAAGUAUGACAAUGAUAAUGUACAGGCUAAUGGUUAUGAACAUCUUCAUCUUUGGUGACUGAUACUUUUUCACGUAUUUAUGUACCUUAAGAAGUUUUGUACCUGCACUUUC